AUGCAGUCAUGGACUGGCAGAGGCAGCCGUUCCCUCUUCAGCGCAUUGCAAUUCUUCCCUCGACCCGUUGAACGACAGCGACAAUUCACCACCUCCCUCCCCCUACACCGGUCGAAACGCGAAAAUAAGCACAAAGAAGCUAGAUCGAGCAAUGCCGGCUCCGACUCAAAGAGAUCCGCCAAGUCGGCGAUGAAAUCAGGCCCUACGGGUCCCAGCCGAAACAGCUUCGCGGCCCAGAGGGAUUUCAACCGAGUCGUGCAGGCCGCUCUGCAAGAUGCGAAGGCCCGUCUUAAUUCGACAGGGGAACUACCUGAGUCCUGGGGGAAGUUUGAGCGUCAAAUAUCGAAUGCUUGCAAGGUGGAGGAGUCGAAGUCGGAUACCAAAUGGGGCCCUUUGAAGCAAAUCAAGUCAUCACUGCAAAGGGCAUACCUGUCCGGCGGAGUUGCAGGACUGCGUGGCGAACUGGACUAUAUGCGCUAUGCGGAUGAUCUGACUGCAAAGUACUCGACCCCGAAUCUGAAGGUACACCAAAAGAUAGCCGAUCUUCGCUAUCCCGCCGAGUGGUACCCCAAAGCCCGGUCUAUGCAACGAACGAUUCAUCUCCACGUUGGCCCGACAAAUUCUGGAAAGACAUACCACGCCCUACAACGGCUGAAACAAAGCAAAUCGGGUUUCUAUGCAGGACCGCUGAGGUUACUCGCGCAGGAGGUAUACCAUCGAUUCAAGGCGGAAGGCAUUCCUACAAGUCUCGUCACAGGUGACGAUGUCAAGACGCCGGAAGAUGGCCAAGUACCCCGUAUCGUGAGCAACACAGUUGAAAUGGUCAGUGUGGGACAGGAAUAUGAUAUUGGAGUCAUUGACGAAAUCCAAAUGAUAUCCAAUGCACAACGUGGAUGGGCGUGGACACGAGCUGUUCUGGGAAGUCAGGCAAAGGAACUCCACCUCUGCGGUGAAACGCGGGCCGUUCCUCUCAUCCGUGAACUAUGCGCUCUUACAGGAGACACCCUAGAGAUCCAUAGAUAUGAGCGAUUAAAUCGCUUAGAGGUCAUGGACAAAAGCUUGAGGGGUAACCUUAAAAGUCUUGAAAAGGGUGAUUGUGUUGUCGCCUUUUCCCGAGUUGGAAUCCACGCCCUGAAAGCAGACAUUGAAAAGGUUACUGGCAGACGAGCAGCUAUCGUUUACGGAGGUCUACCCGCCGAGAUUCGAACGCAACAAGCCAACUUAUUCAACGACCCGGACAAUGACUACGAUUUUCUGGUUGCAAGUGAUGCAAUUGGCAUGGGAUUGAACCUGUAA